GACUCCCCGGGUCUAGCGUGGUUUCUGGCCUAGGAGUGCUCUUGAUUUGGUUGCCGUCCUUUUCCUACGGAAAGUCUUAGGUCGGCUGCCAGGUCUAGGAGAUUUGGAACGCAGGCUGUUUCCUCCUUGUUUUCCGGUUCUGCCCGUGGGAGCCUUCGUUCUGGCGGAGAAGAGGAGGAAAGCGUGCGCCUGGUGACAGGCCUUUCCGCGUCGCGCUUCACACUGGUCCUCGGGUCACUCGGCGCAGCGGCCUUGAUAGAAGUGGAAAGUGAUGCCCUGACGGGGAGAGGGCUUUUCCCUAUCCACUCAUCCAAGGGCCUUCCAAACCUUGCAGAUUUAUGUAGUUGCUAGACACCCGUACCCGGAUGUUCAGCGGAGGAGGGCUUAAAUAUUGGAGAAGAGUGGGAACUAAAAUUUUAAGGGACUUCGGUGCAUUUCCAAAACAGAGUUUUGAGCACCGUCCAACACCUGCAGCGUGGAAUUUGUGAUCGUCUCUCGCCGUCCUGGGGUCUCAGCAUGUACUUCCUCUCCUGGUUAAGUCAGCUGUGCAGGGGUUUAUCCAGACCCAUCGGAAGGACAGCCCAGCCAACCUGGGGUUCUUUCUCCCGAAGUCUGGCGCUGAGUUCACAGAGGAGGAUUCCAGAAUUCAAUAGCUUUGUUGCCAGGACCAACACAUGUGGAGAGUUACGUUCUUCUCACUUAGGCCAAGAAGUUACCUUGUGUGGAUGGAUUCAGUACCGAAGGCAAAACAUCUUCCUAGUCCUAAGAGAUUGCCACGGUCUUGUUCAAGUUGUCAUUCCCCAGGAUGAGUCAGCUGCUUCUGUAAAGAAGAUUCUAUGUGAAGCCCCUCUGGAAUCUGUGGUGCAAGUGUCCGGAACAGUCAUUUCCCGACCUCCAGGACAGGAAAAUCCAAAAAUGCCAACAGGUGAGAUUGAAAUCAAAGUUAAAACAGCUGAGCUUUUGAAUUCCUGCAAGAAACUGCCCUUUGAAAUUAAAGACUUUGUGAAGAAAACGGAAGCUCUUCGUUUGCAGUAUCGCUACUUAGACCUUCGUAGUUUCCAAAUGCAGUACAAUCUUCGACUGAGGUCCCAGGUGGUCAUGAAAAUGCGGGAGUACCUUUGUAAUCUCCAUGGGUUUGUGGAUAUAGAAACCCCAACACUGUUUAAGAGAACCCCAGGGGGUGCCAAAGAGUUUCUAGUACCAUCCCGGGAACCUGGAAAGUUUUAUUCUCUCCCUCAGAGUCCUCAACAGUUUAAGCAGCUUCUGAUGGUUGGUGGUUUAGACAGAUACUUUCAGGUUGCCCGAUGUUAUCGAGAUGAAGGUUCAAGACCAGACAGGCAGCCCGAGUUUACUCAGAUUGACAUAGAAAUGUCUUUUGUAGACCAGACUGGGAUCCAGAGUUUAAUUGAGGGUCUGCUCCAGUAUUCCUGGCCCAGUGACAAAGACCCUUUGGUAGUUCCUUUUCCUUCCAUGACCUUUGCUGAGGCAUUGGCCACCUACGGAACUGAUAAACCUGACACUCGCUUUGGCAUGAAGAUUGUCGAUAUCAGUAAUGUGUUCAGACACACAGAGGUCAGAUUUCUUCAAGAUGCACUUAGUAAGCCCCAAGGAGCUGUCAAAGCCAUGUGUGUCCGUGAAGGAGCAAAUUACUUAAAAAAGAAAGACAUUGAGUCCAUUAGAAAAUUUGCAGCUGACCAUUUUAAUGAGGAGGUCUUACCUGUAUUCCUAAAAAACAAGGAAAACUGGAAUUCACCCGUUGCUAAAUUCAUACUGGAGAAACAAAGGUUGGAAUUAAUUAGACUAAUGGAGAUUCAAGAAGAUGAUGUAGUCCUCCUGACUGCCGGAGAGCACAAGAAAGCAUGCUCUCUGUUGGGAAAGUUACGUCUGGCAUGUGCCGACAUUUUGGAAAUGAAUGGUAUGGUGCUCCGUGACCCAGCCCUGUUCUCCUUCCUUUGGGUGGUGGAUUUCCCACUCUUUCUUCCCAAGGAGGAAAAUCCCAUGGAGCUGGAGUCAGCCCACCACCCAUUCACUGCUCCCCACCCUGGUGACAUUCACCUCCUGUACACUGAACCUGAAAAGGUUCGCAGCCAACACUAUGACUUGGUUUUAAAUGGCAGUGAGAUUGGAGGAGGUUCCAUCCGAAUUCACGAUGCAGAGCUACAGCAUUACAUCCUGGGGACACUACUGAAGGAAGAUGUGAAAUUACUGUCCCAUCUGCUCCAGGCUUUAGAUUAUGGGGCACCCCCUCAUGGAGGAAUUGCCUUAGGGCUAGACAGACUGAUGUGCCUUAUCACUGGAGCUGCAAGCAUCAGAGAUGUCAUAGCCUUCCCAAAAUCCUUCCGGGGACAUGACCUCAUGAGCAACGCCCCAGAUUCUGUUUCUCCUCAGGAACUGAAGCCCUAUCACAUCCAGGUCUCCUGGCCAGCAGACUCAGAAGCAGAAAGGAGCUCAUUGAAUCAUUCACACCAUCCAGAAAGUUGAACUUGAGUUUUGUCCUCUUUGCUUCACCAAGGCUAAAAUCAAAUCUGGAUGUGUCACUCAUCUGACAAGUCUGUAGGCGAAUAUAACCCAGGAAGGAUUCUUCACAAUAAUGUAUCAAAAUUUCACAAUAUGCUUUUUUUUUUUCUUUUUUGGUUGGGACUUUUUUGUAAGUUCCUUUUUACUUGGGGUUAAAAAUAUAUAUAUAUAUAUAUAUAUAUAUAUAGCUCUUUCGCCGGGUAUUGUGGCUUACACUUGUAAUCCCAGCAGUUCAGGAGAUGAGGCAGGAGGAUCAUGAGUUCCAAGCCAGCCUCAGCAAAAGCAAGAUGCUAAGCAACUCAGUGAGACCCUGUCUGUAAAUAAAAUACAAAAUAGGGCUGGGGAGUGGGUCAGUGAUUGAGUGCCCCUGGGUUUAAUAUCUGUUGCCCUACUACCGCAUCCCCCAAAAAGGCUCUUUAUUGGAGUAAUAUAGUGGCUUAGUGUUUUCUAAUCAUGUUUUUCAUGUUCAGAUGGUAGAUUUACUCAGAACAGGAAAUCAAAUUAUAUAGAAAAAUGCUUCUCUCUCUAGACUGCCACUUGAUGGAGGGUUUCAGUUCAUCCAGCCCUGAUGACAUUUCAACCAUCAAUAUAUUAAAUAAGUAGCAUAAUAUAAUGCGUGUACACACACACAAAAUCAGUCAUGAAGUCUGUUUCACGUUAAGCAAAUUUUAUAGCCUCCCUAUUUAUGUAAAAUGCAAACAAUACUUGCCCUGAUUACUUAGUAGGGCUCUUGCAGAAAGAAAAAAGGAUUUAUAAAUCGGUAUUCUUUGUUUUCAAUUUUUAGGGAUAAUCAUUAGUCCUUGAAUAUUUUCCCUCAAUUAUAAAUACUGACCUUAGACCAACUUCAAAUAUAAAAAAUGUGAUUUUGUUUUGAUAAUUAAAAAUUUAAUAAUUAUAAAAUGAGAUUAAUCUCAAUACUGAAAUUCUACUUGAUCUUCUGCCUUGAUAAAAUUCCUUUGAUUUAUAAUUUGUAAACAUUAUCAGUUUUAUGUCCUUAUUUUCUCAACACUCUAAGCAAUAUAACACUAUAAGAAAAUAAGACUCCACCCCAGUUAACUUGUGACACCUAGAAAGCUAUGGAGUGCUAGGCACAAUGGCACACACACACCUAUAAUGCCAGUGACUUGGGAGGCCAAGGAAGGAUCACAAAUUCCAUGCUAGCUUCAGCAAUUAAACAAAGAACCUCUUUAUUUUAAAUAAACCUUAUUUUAAAUGAAUAAAAAUGGCUGGAGAUGUGGCUCACUGGUAAAGUGGUACUACUGGGUUCAAUUCCCAGUACAGCUUCCCUUGCUAAAAAAAAAAAAAAAGCUAUGAAUGUUUUUCCCUACAACAGCAAAUUGGUUCACUAUUAGAGCUUUUCCCUAAACUUUUUUUUUUUUUACCUUGCUUGUGUCUCACUCAUUUGCUGGUUCUUGCUGGCAAGGUUCCCUUAGUGAGGUAUCCAAUUCUGCCUGCCCUUUGUCAGUAGAAUUUCUAGAGAUGCCCUUUAUUGGAUAAGAAAAUAAAAUUUUACAUCCAUCAA